GUCAUGACGUGUCGACAUCUGGUUGGCUGGUGAGCCGGUAUUGGCGACACGCGCCCAGUGCCGCUUGUAGCGCGAGCCAUGAGAUUGCCGCUUUGCUGCUAGCACUCCAUCACUCACCAGGAAAAGAAACCAGAUUUUAAGCGUUGUGGUGUUCCUGGGAUCUGCAGUUCAGCAAUGCCGUCAGACUUAGCCAAAAAGAAGGCGGCAAAGAAGAAGGAAGCAGCCAAAGCCCGUCAGCGCACAAAGAAAGGAGAUGAAGUAAAUGGAGAGGAGAAACCUGAAGUUCAGGAGAACGGGUCAUCUGAAGUCAAUGGGGUUGACAGUUUAGCAAAGGAGUUGGAUGAGUUCGAAUUGAAGAAAACUGAGGCACGGGCAGUGACUGGUGUGCUGGCAUCUCAUCCCAACAGCACCGACGUGCACAUCAGCAGUUUGUCUCUCACCUUUCACGGACAAGAGCUGCUCAGUGACACUAGUUUGGAGCUCAACUCUGGGCGUCGCUAUGGCCUUAUUGGUCUCAAUGGAACAGGAAAGUCCAUGCUAUUGUCAGCGAUUGGCCACAGAGAGGUACCCAUUCCAGAGCACAUUGAUAUUUACCACCUUACCCGUGAGAUGGCACCCAGUGAGAAGACCGCCCUGCAGUGUGUUAUGGAGGUAGAUGAGGAGAGGAUUAAGCUGGAGAAAGAGGCAGAGAGACUCGCUCAUGAGGACUCUGAAUGUGAGAAGCUGAUGGAGUUGUAUGAGCGUUUGGAGGAGCUGGAUGCUGAUAAAGCACAGGUGAGGGCCUCACGAAUCCUCCACGGUCUGGGCUUCACUGCCGCCAUGCAGCAGAAGAAACUCAAAGACUUCAGCGGUGGCUGGAGGAUGCGUGUCGCGCUGUCUCGUGCAUUGUUUCUGAAGCCUUUCAUGUUGCUGUUGGAUGAGCCGACUAACCACCUGGACUUGGAUGCUUGUGUGUGGCUGGAGGAAGAGCUUAGUCAGUUCAAAAGAAUUCUGGUUUUAAUAUCCCAUUCUCAGGACUUCCUCAAUGGCGUUUGUACCAACAUUAUUCACUUGCACCAACGCAAGCUGAAAUAUUACACGGGUAAUUAUGACCAAUAUGUGAAGACCAGAGAAGAACUGGAAGAGAAUCAGAUGAAACGGUUUAAUUGGGAGCAGGACCAGAUAACGCACAUGAAAAACUACAUUGCACGGUUUGGUCACGGCUCUGCCAAGCUGGCCAGACAGGCCCAGAGCAAAGAGAAAACCUUACAGAAGAUGGUCGCCUCAGGCCUGACUGAGCGUGUUGUGAAUGACAAAACCCUGUCAUUUUAUUUUCAUCCCUGUGGGAAGAUCCCCCCUCCUGUCAUUAUGGUUCAAAAUGUCAGCUUUAGGUAUUCAGACGAUACGCCAUUUAUUUAUAAGAAACUGGAGUUUGGAAUUGAUCUGGAUACACGGGUGGCCCUUGUGGGGCCAAAUGGUGCUGGGAAGUCUACUUUGCUAAAGCUUCUUACUGGAGAGGUCCUGCCUUCAGAUGGUAUGAUUAGAAAGCACUCCCAUGUCAAGAUUGGCAGGUAUCAUCAGCAUCUGACAGAGCAAUUGGAGCUUGACCUUUCACCUCUGGAGUACAUGAUGAAAUGCUACCCUGACAUAAAGGAGAAAGAAGAGAUGAGGAAGAUCAUCGGCCGCUAUGGGCUCACUGGCAAACAGCAGGUGAGCCCCAUAAGGAAUCUUUCUGAUGGGCAGAAGUGCCGUGUCUGCUUUGCCUGGCUGGCCUGGCAAAACCCACACAUGCUGUUUCUUGACGAACCGACCAAUCACCUUGACAUUGAAACCAUUGAUGCUCUGGCCGAAGCGAUCAAUGAAUUUGAGGGUGGAAUGAUGCUGGUCAGCCACGACUUUAGGCUUAUUCAGCAGGUUGCUCAGGAGAUCUGGGUUUGUGAAAAGCAGACCAUCACUAAAUGGAACAAGGGCAUUCAGGCCUACAAGGAACAUCUGAAAUGUAAAAUUGACAAACAGAUGCAUGAUUUAUAGUCAGUAAAGUCCCGUAAAAUGCAAUUCCAACACCCCUGCCAAGCAGAGUAUCGCUCUAUAAAUAAAUACAAGCAUGUUAGAUAGACUGCAGUCAAAGCACCACCUUUGUUACACUUAUGUAUGUUAAUAAGCAUUAUAGUAUUUGGACUUAUCUUUUGAAAUACCUAUUAAGAUCAUGGUUGUGCACUUCAUAUUUUUGUUGGAACCCUCCUCUGUUAUAAGACCAGACGUAUAUGUUCGACAAAGGCUGAAAUAUAAACGUUAACAUCAAGGACUCUUGAUGAAUUUUUUAUUUUAUCAAAAUAUGUUUAAAGCUGUAUUUGAAGUGAAAUGUAUGAAUAAAAAGGUACAUUAUUGAUAUGG